AUGGAGGUCGUCAAGCUUGGUAUAACGACCCAAACAUGGCCUGAUCUGGUUGGCUACCCCGUUGUAGAUGCGGUUAAUAUUAUCCGUCAAGAUAAUCCCAAUAUAACCGAAGUUCGAGUACUCCCUCCAGAUGGGGUCCCGUCUCCACUCCAAGAUGGUACCGUACGUGUUUGUAUCUACAACGACAUCGUCAAUGGUCAGGCUGUUGUGGUUAACCCAGCACCAUAUAUUGGCUAGAUUGUGCCACAAUGCCAAGCCUUCAAUUUUAUUACGCCUUGAUGGAUUA